AUAACAUAAUGUAGAUUUUCCCGUAAAACGAAAUAGAUAUAUUGUGYCUAGUUAACAGAGUACGUAGUCUCCUACUGACGCAAAUUUCGUCUGUUAGAAAUAUUGGAAUGGGAAGCUCAUCAGCCGCUGGAAGACUUGGAGCUAUCACUGCUCCAUUUGUAAUUUGGCUGUCCCGAUUCUUUGCUCCGCUACCUUACAUUAUAAUGGCUGUCGAUGCUUUUAUCGCGGGAUUCCUGUGUUUGCUUCUUCCCGAAACCAAUAAGGAACCGACUGCGGAAACUUUGCAACGUGAAGAUUCUGAGGAGGGACUUGUUGCUGAUUUACGACCUGACGGUGAAGAGCCUUUAGAGGAGUUAAAAAAAGAGAAGGAGGAAGACCAACUUCUUGACAAGAAAAACACAGUAGUUUAAUUUUUAAACUUUAUGUAAUUAUACGAAGCUAUGAGCUACAAUCGUCUAAUAGUGAAAACAUAGUAGUGAAGAGGGGAUCGCCUGAAUAUAUCUUCAUUAUACAAAGGAUCUCGAUCGAUUUAAUGCCCCUUAUUAGUGAAAAUAGGCAGUGUGCGAAGCGACGCCAUUUUCUAAAGCAAAGCAUGAUGGGAAAUGUAGUUCUCGCACUCGUUUGCCAAAUAUGCCAAAUUAUUCGGUUUUUUUGGAAUUACUUUUAGCCGCCGUAUAAAAGAAAGACAACUGGUGUCGCUGCACCGCAUUGCCUGUUGGGUAGUACUAGUUAAUCAUUUUUUUAAUAGAUUUUUUUUUGUAAAGUAGAAAAAGAGUUAUAGGAAUUUGCGCUCGAAAUUUUUAUGACGCAGAACCAAGUAAUAUCCAUGAAACAUUAGUAAAAACUUAAAAAAGGUG